AUGACGCCCUCGAACAAUAUCGCCUACACCGCACCCAUCAACCCUCCAUCCACCUCACCGAAACUCACUAUCUCGCAGAUCUGGCAAGGUCUCGAACUGAAGAUCCGCGCGGGCCAGGACUUUGUCGGUGGCGCCCUCCUCUCCACGGACGUCAUUUCCGAGUCGAAAGAUGAGCAAGGCCGACCCGUCACGGUGCGCGAGGUUGUGUUUCGAGACGGGAACAGGAGGGUGAAGGAGACGUGUGUCGCGUACGAGGCAAUGAAGGUCGAAUUCCACCAACCCGACGGCUCCAAGGUCCAAAACAUCAUCUCGCAAGGAGCAGGGCCAGAGGGCGAGGAUCUCUAUAUGACCUACACGUUUGAGUGGCUGCAUCCCGAGUGUGAGGGCGACGUCAAAGCAUUGGCAGAAAAGAGGCAGAAAGAGACCAAAGUGGCCAAGAUGGCAGUCGAGGAAACCAUACGGGUGAUGAGAGAGAUGGUCAAGGACGGCAGGAUUAAAUAG